AGUUUGCAGCAAGUGUUUGUUUCGUUCAAAUUUUUGCCGCUAGUCAGUGUUUAUUAAACAGCUGCGUAAAAGAAAAAAAUAACGAAAAAUAUCAUUGGAAAAGAGAAAGAAAUUAUACUAUUGACCAUAGUUAUUAUAUAACCUAUAUGCGAUUUAAAAAAUUGGAGUACAAUGUUCUCGACAAAACACCUCGUGAAACCAACAUUACUUUGUGGACCUAAGGAAUUAAGCAAAUCUUUUAUGUUCGAGGCAGCAAUUUACUGGGCCGAAGAAGGACGCCGCGUCGUUUACAUUACACCAGCCCCGUUGGAAAGCCUGCCGGCGGCCUGUCACGACAGAAGUAAUCCAGCACCCGCGGCUUUCAAGCUGAUGAGAUUUAUGUACCUAGAGAACUAUGAGGCUCUCAUCGAACGACUUGUGGAAUUGCACACAUUCGUCACUUUACCUUCUGUCCUCCUGAUCGACGACUUCGACGCUUAUGCGAACGAUUACCAAAAGAACGACGUAUCCCAAGAUGUGCACAUUUCCAGAAUGUGUUCAUUAAUCCUCGACACGAUGAACUCUUGUUCACGAAUCCUGAAGAACAGCGUGUACGUGUGCGCAUGGUCGUCCACGGCGAUGAAUGAUAUUAGCACCUAUUCAAUAUACUUCAGGAACAUUUGGAACAUAAAGGACGAAGAGGGCAAGACAAUUCUAUUGCAAAAGUACUCAAACGAAGGGGCCACUGAAAAGUGUCCAUCCUAUAGAUAUUGUAGGCUGCAAGAUGGAACGAGGAUCUUGAAACAGAUUCUCCAUGAACCUAGCGAGAAUUGAAUCUAUAUUUGAGAUCAUAAUGAUCCAAGAAACAUCAAUUUUAUGUUUAUAAAUAGUAAUUCAAAUAAGCAUUUUAAAUUUGAUUUGCUUGAUUCAUUACAGAGAGGACUGGAUUGUUUAAUUCAUUAGAUAAUAUUGUACAUAGUCGUUAAUUAAGGAUCACUACUAGAAGUAUCAGGGAUAGAGGAAUAUUUCACGUUUAAUGCAGUAUUAUUUUUCUAUCUAUACAUAUUUUUAUAAUAAUCAUAUUCCAUUACACUAUAUUAUAAUAUCAUAAGAAUUUAUAUUUACAUGAAAGCAAGAAGAAUCUAUUAUAUUUUUAUAUUUAUAAUAUUUCAGAGCAUUUAAUGAGCAAUAAAGAGAACAGGAAAUUUCUUAAAUUAAA